UUCAUUUCUUCAGAUGGAGGAUUCUGAGAAAAAUAUCAAUCUCGAAGUGAAUGGGCUUAGUCUCAUCGACAUCUCGUGCGAGGACGAUUUUCUCGUCAAGAAUUUUCCUGCUCGUGAUCCGCAGCAUCAGCAAUCCUCAGGUUCUUAUUUGUUGGAUUUGUUUUCUUAAACAUAUCACUGAAUGGUUCCUUUUUGCGUUUAAUUGUGAUAUGAAGCUGAGCGGCGCUGUCACUCGUACAUUUGGUUGCUAGUGGAAACUAGGCGGUGAAUUAUUUUUUUAGGAUUCGAUUAAUGCGGGGGGCUUUAGUGUUUUAUUCUUCUUCUGUUCGCAUGGUUUUGCUUGGAUUCAAACAGAAACUGGUGUCGAGUUUGAGCCCCUUUGUUCUCAUUUAAAUCACGAACAUGUGUCUACAUAUACACUUCUAAAUGUCUCCAACUGGGCAUGCUGUAGAUGUGAGUUAAACCAUAAUUAUCUCCUUGACUGAGACUAAACUUAAAACUAUUUUUUCAGUAAAUUUUCGAGAUUGGAACUCAUCCACUAGCUAAUAAUUGGCAAUGCAGUUUGUUGCAGUCAAUAGUUCAUUUAUAUAUUGGUUGGAAAGCUUGAAAUGAUUUCUGGUAUCCCUAGAAGUUCUGUCACUCAUCGAUGUAUGCCAAUUAGGAUCAAUAUUGGCCCUUUAUUUGCGUUUACAAAUAAUUAUGUUCCAGAACUUUUUUUCUUCCAUCUGUAUUUUUUUUUUUCCUUCUUUUUUUUUUGGAAAUUUCAAUGCUCAGAAAAUCUUCGGGUUGAAUUCUUGGAAGUUGUGGAUGCCAACAAUGUAGAUAACUCAGUAGGAUGCCAUGAAGAGCCUUCAGGGGAACAAGUAGCUCAACCACAAUCACGGGAAAGGAUAAGGAAAAGUGGGAAGUAUAACUUGCGGAAAAGUUUAGCCUGGGACAGUGCUUUCUUUACAAGCGCAGACAUAAUUUCUGGGGGCUCAGGUUUUCUGAACUCUGAUGAGUUAUCUAACAUGAUUGGAGGCACUGAAAAGGGCGAAAAACAAGUAUUACCUGGAAUUCAAGAGGAAUUGCAUCGGUCCACAGAAUCGUUAUCUACAAUAGAAAGUGAUAGUUUGACACUAGAAAAUCUUGAGUGUGAUUUAUUUGAAGACAUCAGAGCUUCCAUCCAGAAAUCCAGCAAAGUUAAGAAUACAACAAAUUUAAGCAGUAAAGUAGGAUCAGAAGCUCCAGACCUUCCUGCUUCAAAGGAGGUGAGCCUUCCUUCUCAAGGUAAGAAGCUCAAAGUUGCAGCCAAGAAGCCAAAUGUGGGAACGCAUGGAGCAGGGAAAACAUCAAAACAGUCCGGCGAGUUGUGUAAACCACCAAAGAUGUUGGGCAGGGUUACUCCUAUCUCAAUAGCAUCAACCAAGAGGGCUUCGUUGAGCACUAACAAUCUCAAAACGGACAAAGAUAAUGCAAAAGCUUCCACUGCUGCUGUGAAAGGGGCUCCAACAUUGAGGCAGCCUGCUUCUGGUGGUUUAAGAUAUACAGUGCCUAAGCCUAGAGCUCCUCCGAAAUCUAGUGCCAGUUCAUCAGUAGCAUCGAGAACAGUGCUAAAAACGUUGCAUUCCUCAGUAGAUAGCGCUGGAAGUACUUCAGCAGACAGCAGCAGUAAAUCUUCUUUGAAAUCAGUGACAAGGAAAAAUGACUCCAGAAUUCGUAAUCCUUCUACCCAUGAUCGGACCACUGAAAGUCCAUCAAGAAUAACUUCCAUAAAGAAGGAUCAGUCGGGAACCUCACGUGUUUCAUCUUAUUUGACGUCUGUAACCGAAAACUCUCCUAGCAUAUCACCUGCUAGCUCUAUCAGUGAAUGGUCCUUAGAAUCAUCUUCAUCAUCUGCUGCUAAUCAAAGGUCUAACAUUUCAAGAACUAGCCUUGACACUAGCAGUGGAAAACGAGCCUCUGCUGGUGGUGAUACUCUUCAAGGCUCAAAUGCUCAAAAGCGCUUGAAUGACCAAGGCUCAGAUAGCCUUGAUUCUCAGAGGUCUGGUUCUAUGGAAGAUUGUGUAAAGAAAGGUUCAAGAGGAACUCGUGGACUUGUUCAACCAGCUUCAACAAAACCCACCGGCCUACGAAUGCCAUCACCAAAAAUGGGCUUCUUUGAUGGGAUGAAAUCAGCAUUACGCUCUCCCAGUGGAAGCAUGCCCUCUCAUUCUGGUUCUCCCACUGGCUUUCUUAAAACAGGGGCAGCAAGUGUCAGCCAAAGUUUGGGAAAGAUUGGAAAGAUUCAACCUGCCAGAGCUAAAUCAUAAGUUGUGAGAACCAAACCUGAUGCUCAGCAAACUGCCUUGAGCAUAAAGCAUGGUUUGCAUUCACCUCUUCAGGAAUGUUCCAGAGUCCUUACCGCUAAAAAAAAUGUCAGAGGUAGUCCUCACUUGUCUCCAAAAAUUCAGGAGAAAAUAUCGCCCAGAACUAGUAAAGGUAGCAAGUUGACUACUGAGGUAGGUGGAUCUCAAGUAUUUGACGUAGCUAUAGAUGACGCAUAUUUGGAAAAGGUUGGCAGCCUAUAUGUUCUAAACAAUGCAUUACAGGCUUGCAAGGGUGUAACCUUUGUCAGUAAUAUCCAGAUUACCCCUACCAACAAGGGAGCAACCACACCUCAUAAAGCGGAUGAAGGUAAUGAUUCAGAAAAUUCUCGUAGUAAUCAAGUUGGAGCUUUGAAUAUCAGUAUGGACAAUCACAAAGAGUUAAUCAGUCGUUCCCUUCCUCCGGAUCAAGUUAAUUUAAGUAGUAAUGACAAUACUUUUUUAGAGUUCUCAAAGUCAGCAUCAACAUCAGAAAGUGGAGAUAGCAAAUUGACAACAGAGGUAGGUGGAUCUAAAGGAUGUGAUAUUGCUAUAGAAGUUGUACAUUUGGAAAAGGAUGGCAGCCUAGGUGCUAUGAACAAUGCACCACAGACAGAUAGCAAAGAUGUUACCCAUGUCAAUAGUAUCCAGAUUACCCCUACCAACGAGGGAGAUGAUAUUUCUGGUGGUCCAAGUUUCAUUUGUGUCACUGAGAAGGUACCCCCACCUCAUAAAGCAGAUGAAGGUGCAAUAUAUUGCCCAAGUUAUAUGAAAAAUGAUUCAGAAAAAGCUUGUCUUGUAGAUCAAGUUGAUGAUUUGUGCAAACAAGUUGGAGCUUUGAAUAUCAGUAUGGACAAUCACAAAGAAUUAAUAACUGAUUCCCUUUCUCCAGAUCAAGUUAAUCAAAGCAGUAAGGAUAACUCUAUGCAAGAGAUGUCAAAUUCACCUAGAACAUCUGAAAUUACAGCCAAUGUUAGGAAACCUCUUUCAGCAAAGGAUUCUUUCUGCAAUCAGGACGGAUCGUUUGGUGCUUCAUCAGGAUUGAUAGUGGCAGAGGUAGAAAAGAUAGAUGCCUUAUGUUUUUAAGAGAAAUCUGACAGAAAACAGCUAAAGAUGGUGCGACAUUCCAGUGUCAGUUCUUCUCAAAGUUAAGAGUUGGCAAGAGGAAAGGUAUGAUCCCACAGAAUAUCUGAAGCUGAUCAAGUUCCCGACUGGCAUUGCCUGGAAUAGUAAUGUAAAGUGUAUCUGAAAUGAUUUUUGACCACUCGUUGCUGGAGCGCAAGCGCAAGGAAAACUCUUUCAAAGCAUAUAUUUUAUACUGCAUUAAUAAUUUAUCUUCUUAUUUUUUGUACAUUUUUAAUAAGAGUCUUCCUCAUCAAUGUCAUAGAUGCCAUUUUUUUACAUGAAAUGUAUGUUUUUUACUAUGUUGAUUUUGUUUCAAUCAAGUCAUUUUUUACAUGAAAUGUAUGUUUUUCACUAUGUUGAAUAUAAUAAUGACCGGUGAGCUCUACUUCAAUGGUCUUGAUGAUUGGAUUGAUCUCCCAGUUCUCCACUAGACUAGGAUUGUUGAUCGCUGCUAUGACUACUACCUCGGAGUCUCCUUCAACUAUUCUCUUCUCGUUGCCUCGCCUUUGUCGAUCGCUUCAGGUAUACCCAAUUGGAUUGGCAGGGCUUCCCCAGCUGCAGGGUUAUAUCAGACCAAGCGAAGAUCACUCACCCAAGUCCCUCCCAACUGCGGCUACAGGCUCUCUCUCGGACUUUCAUCAGCCAACCCACCUGAAACAAAGCCUCUUGAACAGUUUCUAGGUAUCACAUUCAAAGUCAUCUUGCACUAGAGUCAAGUCUAUGG